AUGGAUUCAUCUACACCACCAUCUAUUCCCAUUUCCGAGAAACCAUUACCAAGCCCCAUCAAAUCCCCAUCACCCUCGACUCUUUCCCCUUCACCUUCGCCCCUCGGAAAGGCCAAGACCCGCCUCGUCGACCGCCUUGAAACUGCGGCGGAGGAGUCGCCGGAGCCCGCCGGGGUGCGGCGGCGCUGCAAAAGCAGAGCACCCCAAAUGGGCACCCUGGCAUCACCAAGGAAUACUAGGAAAUCAAGGAGUCGGGAAGAAAAAGAUUCGAGCUUGGUUGAAGAGGUUGGAAAACCCAGAAAGAGAAGACAAACGGGUCGAACUAAGAAGGAAAAACUCAACUUGCUUCACUCUAUUCAUCCUUCAGCUUCAUCUCCAAAAUGUGAAGAAGAGAAUGGUGGUGAUUUUGAUCGUGUUGGGCAGGUUGUGAGUGAUUUGAUUAUGUGGAAAGAUGUGUCAAAAUCAACCCUUUGGUUUGGGUUUGGGUGUCUUUGUUUCUUAUCUUCAUGCUUCACUCAAGGACUCAACUUUAGUAUUUUCUCGGCCAUAUCUCAAUUGGGGAUUCUCUUCUUGGGUGUUUCGUUUUUCUCAAACUCAAUUUGUCAAAGAAACCGGGUUGCAGAUAAAUGUGAAGUCAAGCUGAAAGAAGAUGACAUUUUGCGUCUUGCAAAAUUGAUUCUUCCUGCUUUAAAUUUUGCAAUUUCAAAGAUGAGAGCUCUAUUCUCAGGGGAACCAUCCAUGACCCUGAAAGUAGUUCCUUUCCUUCUACUAGGAGCAGAAUAUGGCCACUUAAUUACUAUCUGGAGACUAUGUGCCAUUGGAUUUUUUGUCAGCUUCAGUAUCCCAAAGCUUUAUUCUUGCUACACUGCUCAGAUAAACCAGAGAGCUGAGUGCUUGAAAUUAUGUUUGUUGGACACAUGGUGUGCUUGCACUCACAAGAAGAAAGUGAUAGCAUCAGUACUCAUGACAUUCUGGAAUCUAUCUUCAAUUAAAACUAGAAUCUUCACAGCUUUUAUAUUGCUUGUACUAUUCAGAUGUUUAAGGCAACAUGUGGUGCAACAAUUAGAAGAUGGAGAAGAACUAGUGAGCGAGAAGGAACAACAGCAAGCUUCGGUGGUGGCAGAACAAGAAGAGAAUGAGCCACAGCAGGCAUUAGUUGUGAGGGAACAAGGGAACCAAAACUAG